UGGGUCCUCACUUCCAGCUUCGAUGCAGCUGGUGGACAACGAGACCUUCCUCAAGCAGUUGUCGACGUUGUUUGAGUCGAGCUCAAAAUCUGGAUCGAUAUGGUUAACGCAUAAACGACUUACCCAUGAGGGCGGCGAUGCCCAUAUGUCAUCGGGGGAAGACGAUACCAAGGAGUUUCCUUGUCUGGUUCGGGUCACCGACGGCAAAGACGCCAAAUUCUCCACAACCGUGCAACCAUCGGAUCUGGAGAAGUUCCAUGCGGCGUAUGGGGUAUUGCUCAAGUCGUCGAUGACCUCUCUCCGAAAGCGCGACAAGAAGCGCGAAAAGCACCGUGCCGAGGAAGCCGCACGCAAGAAACGCCGCCUGCAAGAGGAGAUCGUCAUCGAGGGCGUGAAGCGAGGGAACGGCCGAAGAAAGAGACAGAGGAAGAUCAAGGCUGCGCUGAAGCUGGAGGAGUCGAAGAAAAGGGCGCAGGAGAAGGAAGAGGCCAAGGCACGGGCGAAGACCAGCUAACUUUACUCGGUCUGUACUCGCAUCCAAAUAUGCUGUUGUAUCAUCAGGGCCAACGUACACCGUUGCUCUUCAAUGGAGUGGCCUACGC